GUUUCGAAACGUGAAUUCAGUCGGUCAGAGAAUCUUUGGGUGGAAUGUUGGGACUACUGAGUGUCUGGUUUAUUCUCUACAUCUUUGACCUUAUCCAAGGUCGUUCUGCGGGUGGCUUGGAUGACUUGGAAGGGGGUUUCGAUCCCCGGCCCGAUUCCACAAUCUUUGCCAUCAAUCAGACUGAUAAGGAAUACAUUUUAGAUUAUGUUUGAAAAUAAAUGAAACUAUAACUUUAACUUGAAUAAUUUA